AUGACGAGAACCAUGCUGAAAAUCAAUGGCGACCGACUAAAUGAACACCUCCAAAGAACAUGUUCAUCAUGGGGAGCAAUAGCCAAUUCGACGGGCAUGCGGCGGCUCGCUUUGAGUGAAGAGGACAAGCUCACUCGCGAUUGGCUUAUCAAAGAAUGCAAAUCUAUAGGCUGUGAUGUUAAAAUCGAUGCUAUGGGCAACAUAUUUGCCAUCAGACCGGGAACUUCGAAAGAUAAGCAGCCAAUCGGCAUGGGAAGUCAUCUUGAUACGCAACCUGCAGGUGGCCGCUAUGAUGGGAUUCUCGGCGUGCAAGCAGCUUUGGAAGUUCUCCGAACACUCCAUGAAAACAACGUACAAACUCACUGCCCUGUUGCUCUUAUCGACUGGACAAAUGAGGAAGGAGCUCGCUUCCCUGGCGCCAUGAUGUGUAGUGGUGUAUGGUCAACCAAGUCUGCGACAAGCUUAGAGGACUGCUAUGAGGUCAAGGACUCAGAAGGAUGUACAAUGCGGAAAGCAUUACAAGACAUCGGUUAUCUAGGAGAAACGCCUUGUGACUACCGAGAAAAUGGUCUUGAAAGCUACUUUGAGCUGCAUAUCGAGCAAGGGCCUAAGCUAGAGUCUGCGAACAAGAAAGUAGGAGUUGUUACGGGUGUCCAGGGAAUGAAAUGGUUCUCCGUCCGCUGCUCUGGACGCGAAGGCCAUUCGGGAACCACGCCCAUGGAUCAAAGGUCUGAUGCUCUGGUCACCGCAGCGAGAUUUGUUGCAGCAGUCAGCGAAACGGCAAAAGCUACUAGCCUGGGCGUUGCCACUGUUGGUGUUAUCAAUAACGACACACAAAGUCAGGCAACCAUUCCAAGUGGUGUCGAGUUUAUUAUCGAUAUCCGAUGCUCCACAGAUCAAAUUCUUGAGGAGCUUUGCACCGCAAUCUUCAAGUCAUUCGACGAAAUCAUCCAACGAGAAAACGAUGGCACUUCAUACGAUAUCGUCCGCACAUGGGGCCUGCCUGAGUCGAUAUUCCACGAGGACUGCAUUCAAGCAGUCCGUUCUGCUGCGAUCAAUGAAGUAGGCGAGGCGCAGAUCAUGGAUAUCAAGAGCAGUGCUGGCCAUGACGCCGCCUGGUGUUCUACCGUUGUGAAGAGCAGUAUGAUAUUCGUUCCCUCCAAAGAUGGCAUUAGCCACAAUCCUGCGGAAUACACGACCCCCGAAGACUGUACGCUAGGAGCACAAGUGUUACUCCAAGCAGUGCUCAGUUAUGACAAGGGGUGCUCACCUGAUUAA